AUGCGCAACACCCUGGGGUUCCUUAUUCUGACACUGCCAUUAGCGUACCUACCGAUGCUCCAGAUUGACGCCCUGGAGCCCAUGUCGGGCAAAAAUGACACCACAGGGCGGGCGGGAGAGGACCACUUGGGCGUGAUGGAGUCCAACCACUGGCAGAACACCAAGAUUAAGCGAGACCGCGAGGAUGACAGCCUGACCUACGACUACAACCAACGCCAAGACGAGUAUAGACGUGAGCUUGCAAAGCUGUACGACCGUAAGCACCAGCUCGAGAAUGAGCUGCUGUCCGUCCAGUCUGGCAUCCAAUCCUACGAGGCCCUGCAGGAACAUCUGUCCCAUGAACAGGACGCCAACCGAGCUCGUCUGCUAUCGGAACGUCAGGAAGAGGAUCGCUCGCACGCAGCGUGGUUCGCACAUGCUCGCGAGAGCAGCGCUGCCACCAAGGCGAACACGCCUCCCGAGAGCAACGGCCACCUGCCGAGUCGAGGCAUGCCACCGCCCAUGCCUGCCGAUGCCGAAGCCGGCGGUGGGUGGACGAGCAUCAACGGCGGUCCGCGACGACGGAGCCGCCGAGAUGACCAGGUGGACCCUCCCGCCGACCCUGGAAACCUGCUCAGCAGUAUCUACCACAACCCCGUAGAGGAGAACGACUCACCGACCUCUCGAGCUAUGCCUCUACGACAUAGCGCGAAUCGAUCUCGGCCCAGCACGUCUUCCCACGGCACACCUCCCGAGCUAGACGCCGUCCCUGCAUUUGCCUCUCGUUAUAUCGACAGGCCCUUGAAGCCCAAGCAGGAACGGCACAGCUUACCAAGCUUCUCCGCCAUUGUCCGCUCGCCAACAGGCCGACCGGUUCCCGAGGUGCCCCCGGAAGCCAAGACGAAGUCGCCGUCCGCCCGAAAGUCCCUGCCGAAUGGAAAGGGUUCUGUCCCUCCCACGGACAGUCCAGCGCCAGAGACCAACGGGAACAGCCUGGAGGAAAUCACGCGCGAAAACCUGGUCCUCAAGGAAAAUGGCUCGGUCAUCACGGAGCCUCCCAUGUUCGCCGGAGCGCCUCUGGAGAAAAUCGAUGAGAAGCACCCGUACUGGAAUCCCGAGUGGGAGACUGUCGAGUCCAUCAUCCAGCCCCAGCUUGACAAGUGGAAGGAAAGGUUGGAGGGACUCCGCCGAAACCCCGAAGCCGUGCGCCAUACCGUAUUCCUUGCUAACCGGCAAGUCAAUCGAGGCCAGGCUGUCAUAGACUUCCUCAAGGAUGAGCCGUUUCACCCUUUCCAGUUUGUGGGCAAGGACAUGAUGGCCAAGUUCUACAAGACCUUCAUCAACUACGACACCAUGUUCCGCCUGGUUAACGUGCACGAGGAACUGAAGAAGUUUGACCUCGGAAUCACACCUCUCGAAUGGCUACGACAUCGCAUGUACGAGAUCGCCAUGGCCCAGGGGGACAAAUUCAACCUGUCCAAGAUGACCCAUGACUUGUACCACGACGCAAAGUUGAAGUACCUGAGAGAGAAGCAUGGGUUCGGCAACAUCGGACGUCCUUCGGGCUACAAGCUUGGCGAAAAAGACCCCACGAGAAACAAGACCAAGACCAAGACUAAGAUCAAGAGAGAGUCGGAUGGUACGGGAGGAACGGUCCGUCGCAAGGGACGCCGAUCUAUCGGACAGGUGGAUCCGGAAGACAGGCCGAACCUGCACCAGCACCACCACCACCUCCAGCAGCAGCAGCAACAACAACAACAACAGCCAGGUCUCCAGGGACCACCGCCCGAGUACCUGGAGCCUGUCACGCCCCGCCUACAGAAACGCCAGCGUCUCGAGCCGACUCCCUCGAAGGAGGACCCAGAUGAUGACCUCUCGUAUUCGGGCUACACCUCGACGGACUCAUUCUCGGCCGGGCGAAUUAUGCACCUUGACUGGCGAGUAUAUCAGAUCAAGUCACGAGAGCUGACAACCAGGAACGCGGUCACACAGUACUGGACUUGGAAGCAGGACAAGAACAAAUUCGAGCACCAGGUCCUCCGCGACGUGCACCCCAAGGUGACAUGGGGCAUCUAUCAGAAGCCGGUCAACUUUGACAUGACCCUCGAUGAGAUCAUCGAGAUCCAGUACGCACUCGAGUGCCAGAAGAUCAACGUGGUCCUGUCGGACGAGAAGCGUGGCAGUAUGCUUGCUUUCUUCAAGCGUGAACGAACCAAGAGGCGCUUCCUUUCCUUUGGGAAGAAGAAGGGCGUCAAACUUGUUCAGAGUACCGCUGCGCAGAUCGAGGAAGCCUGGGAUUCGCUCGAGUCUCAGAUGAUGCCCAACGGCCAGUCGGAAGAGUAG